ACGAAGCCAACUUCUGACAAGUCACCUACCACUGCAGAAACCGCUUAUCCUCAAUAUCAGCACUAUUGGCCAGGAGCGACAUGGUGGGAUCAGGCGAGCACAUGGCCGCUACCGUACACCUCAGUGGAUGCGUACUCGCCGUAUUUGUCUUCACAAUUGGGCCUUUUAUCAUCGGUUCCCGCUUCAACGUCUUCCUUAAAUCAACGACUAACUCUGGGAAAGCCAGCGAUAACGUCUUCUGGAGGUGGAAAGUUCCCUCGAGGAAAUUGUGAAUGUCCGAAUUGUGCUGAGGCUGAGCGGAUAGGUAUGUUUUCCAUAGAUCCAUAG